AUGCACGCGACGAGCGCCGUAUCGAACACCAUGGAGACUCACUUCCAACCGCAGCCUCUCCAGCCCACGGGCCAAAUCAGCAUCUCCCCAAGAUGGGCCCUCGCCGCCCUCCUCUUCAGCGGCGCUGCACUAGCGACGUUCAGGCUCGCCGGCUCCGCGGCCGAUGACGACGACGACAUCAUCAACAAGGCGAGCUUCAGCGCCUUCACCAUCACGUCGAAGGAGCAGGUCUCACCCACGGCGUUCAUCCUCAGCAUACGCGUCAGCAAAGCUGCAGGUGGGCCCGUGGACUCGCAGCGCAUCGGGCAGGCUUGGGCGCACGGGCUCUGGUCCGUCGAGAUCAAGCAGCCGCAGCUGCAGAUUGCGCGGCACUACACGCCGCUGCCACCACCACCACCUCCGCCUUUUACUAAGUCAGUUGGUGGAGAUCCAAAUGGAGGUAAAGCUCAAGCUGAAGCUGGAAGUGGAAGUGGAUGUAGAGACGACGAGCUGAGGUUCCUCAUCCGCAAGAUGGACGGCGGCGAGAUGUCCAACUACCUCUCCAAGCUGCGCGUCGGCGACCAGGUCUGGCUGCGCGGCCCGCACCUCGGAUUCGACGUCGGGAGGCGGCUGGGCGAGGCGCGGGAUGUCGUGUUCCUGGCGGGUGGGACGGGCAUUGCGCCCGCGCUGCAGGCCGCGCAUCGGCUCUUGGAUAGUAGGCCGUCUACUGGCGUGGCUGUUGGGGACGAGAAGCCGACUGUGUCGAUAAUGUGGGCGAACCGGCGGGCUGUUGAUGCUCUGGGGCGGGAGCAGCGUCAGAUACCGGUGAGGAAGGGCUGGUUUGGGCUCGGGGGCGGUGCGAAGACGGAGACUCCACAACGGGACGAAGGGAAUCAGUCGUCGUUUGCGCGGCAGAUCUUGAGCAUGAAGAAGCAGCAUGGAAAGCAUUUCGACAUAUCCUACUUCGUCGACGAGGAGAAGUCGUUCAUCUCAGCCAAAGACCUCGUUGCGAUCCUUUCGCGGCCGCAGACGACGGCAUCGUCGGGUCUGGCUUCCCCUGCAAAAUCCUGUCCUUGGCAUUCGGCGACCUCAGUGGCAAGGCUGCCCAACGACAACGACGCCGAGCGAGUCAGCGACUGUUCUUGUAAACGGACAGCACCGGGAGACCGACUGGGUGCGGAGCUCUUCUGCGUCUCCGGGCCCGACGGCUUCAUCGAGGCUUAUGCCGGUCCGAAGAGAUGGCAGGAAGGAAACGAGAUGCAAGGGGCUGUUCAGGGCUUGCUUGGCUCGAUGAAGAAGAGUAGGCCGGGGGAGAUGGACGACUGGCUUGUAUUGAAACUGUAG